AUGACCACGUCUCCCGAUAACAGAGGCACAGCAGCGUCAGCCGAAACACCUGGAUGGGGAAAGGGUUUGUUUGGAAGAGUGUUUAGCACUGCCAAAAAGCAAAGACCCGUAGACGAUGGUACCAACGCUACGGGACCAUCACCUUCUCCACAUCGACGAGACGUGGUCACUCUAGCGUUGCCCAGUGAAUCCAAUGUGAUCAGCAGUCCUACAAGGGCAGAGACGGCAGCCGCUGCUGGUGAAGCAAGCAACAACUAUGACUCUAGCGGUUUCUUUUCGCCUCAAGCAGCAACUCCUGGAACCUCUUCCAACAUCACUUCAGUGGCCACGAUGACCAUGAAAUCCCCUUGGAAGAACCCAUCUUUCAACGGGGAUGUUUCCUUCUCAACCGGUAAUUUGAAACCUGCUCCAAACGGGACUCUAGCCAAUGGCAGAGGCUUGCAAACGAAUGGAAAUCGAAACGACAAGCGACGUAACCGUUACAAACCCUCUAUCUUUCUCACGAAAAACAAGAAUCGAAAGAUUAAUUCAGCAACGGCAAUGGAGCUCUUGAAACAAUCUGAGAGAUUAUUUAAACCUACCAAAACGCAUGCACGCCAAUUACAAAAUUACGAUGUAACACUGAAACCUGGAAAGCGUAUGCUAGGAGAACAUCAACGGGCGUCGCGAUUACCACCGCUCUCUGCAAAAGUCGGAGAAAAACACACUGCCGAAGAGCCGGAAACUCAGCCACAAGCCAAACGGCAAAAGAAGGUCAUGUUUGAUAAUAUGGACACUGACCCCCCGAAGGAAUCUGCUGCUCUUCCAUUUGGAACGCCAAUGCAAAAGAAGAGUCUACCUCGAAAGAGUACUCCUUUCAAAGUAGUGAAUUUGAAACCCCCAGCACCAACCUCUCCAGGAGCUUCCACACCUACGUCUACGCCAACUCAGUCUACUCCCAUGAUGGCGUCUCCACAAACUUCCAAAUUGCCACCAAAGCCAAUCAUUCAACGUAUGGUGGAGGCUCCUUUCACUGAAUGGGCUUCGCCGGAAGAAAUGACACCACUGGGUCCCCCCAUCACUACUAGUAGGAUGCGCUUUCGGUCCGAUCUUGGCUUUCGCGAGAAGGGUCCUGGGAAUAGUACGAGUCAAUUAGUGUCACGUACGUCGUUUGUACCAAAGAAGGAGCCACCAAAGAAGAAAGAGGAGGCAGAGGAGAAGGAUCCUACAUCACAAAGUUCUCCUACUGAUGAUAAAGCUGGUAGUGAACCAGAUGAAAAGAAAUCGAGGCUAUCCUUGGGCGAAUUGUUUGGCGGUAUGAACGAUAAGAAAUGGAAGUGCCAAGCUUGUUACGUCCAAAAUGAUAAUGCAGUGCAUGCAUGCGUAUCAUGCGAAACUGUUCGGCCUGGGAGUGAAGGCAAGCAGCAGGCAUCCAAGGAUGCGGCGAAGUCAUCAGUCUCGAUUGGUUCGGGUGGCUUUACGUUUGGUGCUCCUGCCACCAAGACUGACGAUGGAAAAUCGUCUACACCAUCUACCGGUUUUGCCUUUGGUGGUGGAGCGUUUGGUGGUUCCGCACCUGCGGCUGCUGCCCCUGCCCCAGCAGGUUCUGGAGGAUUUUCCUUUGGAGCACCUUCUCCUGCAGGGUCUAGUGCCACGGGUGGAUUCGUCUUUGGAGCACCGGCACCAGCCGCAUCAGACAAGAAGGAUGAUGACUCAAAUCCGAAACCAUCUUCUGGUUUUUCCUUUGGAGCUCCAGCAACCAAAAGCGAUGACAAGCCAGCAGCAACUAAUGGCUUUUCGUUUGGUGCCAAACCAGCAGAAGACUCCAAAUCGGACGACGACAAGAAGAAGGCUCCGAGUACGAGUAAUGGCUUUAACUUUACCCCAGCUCCAGCCACCGAUGCGGCGAAACCUGCCGAGAAGAAGACAACUUUUAGCUUUUCAUCCACCCCAAAGUCGGCCAAGCCAGGCUUUUCCUUUGGAGCACCGACUCCGGCUCCCAAGACAUUAGGAAAGAAAGAAGCAGAGGAGGACGACGAAGAAGGUGAGAUCGAAGAACCCAAGUCAGCCAAGAGAAGUCGUAAUAUCAAUGCCUCGUCCUCAGACGACAAGUCAGCGGAAUCCAAGCCAUUUUCGUUUGGUGGGGCCCCUGCUGCCACCGAGAGUAGCACCAAACCUUCGUUUGGCCUUGGUGGAUCGUCAUCCAGCUCUGCUCCAGCCUUUGGUGGGUCAUCAUCUGGUGCGUCAUCAUCUGGUGGUAUGCCAUCCACUCCAGCAACUACAACUCCCACGCCAGCACCAACACAAUUCAGCUUUACAAGCACACCUGCUCCGGCAUCUUCUACGGAACCAGCAGCUGCGGCCCCUUUCUCUUUUGGAGCUGCCAGUAACAGCACCUCGCCACCUCUGCCAGCUUUACCAGCUCCAGGUGACGAUAAGAAAGACAGUACACAGUCCUUUGCCUUUGGUAGUGUGAAGUCAAAACGAGGACGAGACGACGAGAGUGAAGAACCGAAACCAAAGAUUCCUUUUGGAUCUUCUACUGCGAAUGCCCCAACGCCUUCCUUUAGCUUUGGAGGCACCUCAAGUACACCAGCGGCUCCGGCGGCUCCUGCCUUUGGAUCCACUCCAGCUCCAGCUGAUAGUUCGAGCACAGCCACUGCUUCUGCUCCGGCUUUUGGCUUUGGAUCCACACCGGCUCCAGCUCCUUCUGCCACAAGUACCACAUCCUUCAAGUUUGGUGCUACUUCGGAUAACUCUUCAACGCCAGCGUUUGGUGGAGAUUCCAGUAGUUCCACUACUCCCAAUCCAUCUUUUGGUGCUUCAGCAGCAGCGACUUCGGCAGUCCCAAUGUUUGGCAGCACACCUGCUCCAGCUGGCGGUGAUGCUACUUCGACGACUCCAGCCUUUGGCAGCUCUACUCCUGCUGCUCCCUCGUUUGGAAGCACUCCAGCUGCCUCGACAUCCGGUGCUCCUUUUGGCGGUAGUGCUCCAACAGCCCCAUCCAAUAAUUCCUUCUCCUUCGGAGCCACACCAGCAGCACCUGCUCCUGGUGGCUUUGGAUCUACACCAGCACCAAUGGCUCCUGGUGGCUUUGGAUCUACUCCAGCACCACCUGCAUUCGGGUUGGAUGGGGCACCAGCUCCGUUUGGAAGCACACCAGCACUUGCACCAUUUGGAGCACCUGCUCCUGGUGGCUUUGGGUCCACGCCAGCUACCGGUGGGUUCGGAUCUACCCCAGCAGCACCUGCACCAUUUGGGUCGGGACCAGCUCCGUUUGGAAGCACUCCAGCUCCAGCACCAUUCGGUGCCACACCUGGUGGAUUCGGAGCCACUCCAGCUCCCGCUCCCGGUGGGUUUGGAUCAACUCCAGGCCAAGGGCAAUUUGGUGCGCCAGCACCAUUCGGCGCCCAAGCGCAAUUUGGUGCUCCUGCUCCUGGGUCAUUUGGCUCGGCUCCACAACCCUUUGGAAAUAAUCCAACCACACCUGCAGCGGGAGGUUUCGGAGGAGCAGCGCCAUUUGGCGCUGGUGGCGGCGGCUUUGCAACCCCAGCGGCUCCUACAAUGGGCAUGGGCAUGGGUGCAAUGAACGGUGGCGGAUUCAGCAUAGGAACGGGCGGCGGCGGUGCUACCGGUAGUACUAGAAAAACACCGGGGAAAAGAAGAAUUCUCAAAGCCAAACGUCCGGGGCGGGCAUAA